AUGCAAGAAAGGUUGAUAUUGAAGCGUAUGGUUUCGACUUUACAAAAAUUCUCCUUUGAGACACAAAAUGGGGAGCACUACCUUGCUCAAAACCCUAAUAUUUAUUAUCAGAAUAAGCGGCCAUCUUUCAAAGGCAUCACAUAUUCCGAACAGAAGCAACUACCCUCAUUACCUAUUCCUCAGCUAGAGAAAACGUUACACAAUUAUCUUCAAACAAUUAAACCAUUUUGCGCUAGUGACGAGCAAUUUGAGAAACAAAAGUUAUUAUGCUCAGAAUUUUCACGGAACGGGGGCCCAGAAUUGCAAAAUAGGCUGAUUGAAUAUGCUAAUGGCAAGCGUAACUGGCUAUCCAAAUUAUGGGAUAAUCAGGCUUACUUAGAAUACGACGACCCAGUUGUUCCAUACGUCUCAUAUUUCUACUCUCACAAACCUCUGCCUAUAUCUCACAAGAUUGUCGAGAAUGAUCCUUUAGUAAAAGCCACUGCAAUUAUUUCAAUUGUAGCCAGAUUUCUGGAAGCAGUCAAGGACGAGUCUUUGCCUGCAGAACAUGUAAAGAACGCUCCUUUUUGCAUGAACAGUUUUCAUAUGAUGUUCAAUAACUGCAGAAUUCCUGGGCCUGAGAAGGACACUAAUGUGUUCUAUUCGAUAUAUGAACAUGACUACAUCAUAGUUGCCCUAAAGGGGAAUUUCUACAAGUUGUACACUCACAGCGCGUCCAGAGAAAUCUUGCCGCCCGCCAAGAUUUGGGAGCAACUGUACACGAUAAUUAAUAGCUUGCGGGGCUCAAUUCAGGAAAAGAGCAAUGCCGGUAUCGGUACUUUGACCUCGCUGUCUCGGAAGCAGUGGGCAGAGGCUUGCUCUGCACUAAUGGCUAAUGCCGUUUCACGGGAGUCUCUUGAGACAAUCCAUAAAUCGGCAUUUGUUCUUUGUCUCGAUCUGGACGAAAAUCCAGUAACGUUAGAAGAGAAGUCUAGAUAUGCAUGGCAUGGUGAUGGCUUUAACAGAUUUUAUGACAAGCCUUUGCAAUUUUUCGUGGCCGGCAAUGGACACUCUGGGUUUUUAGCCGAACACUCAAAGAUGGACGGAACACCCACAUUGUUUUUAAACAAUCAUGUUUGCAAGAAGCUACAUGAACUUGAUCCCGAAAAAUUUGUAGCCGAGAUAAGAAAUCCAAGUUCAAAUUUAGACCAAACCCCAGAACAUUUGUCUUUUGUGGUUACUCCCAGUAUUAGUACGGCCAUCAAGAAUGCUCAGGAAAACUUUAAAAAAGUGGUUGGUCAACACGAAUUACGUGUCUGGCAUUAUGUAAGAUAUGGUAAAACUGCCAUCAAAAACUUUGGCUUCUCCCCUGACGCUUUCAUCCAGCAGAUUAUCCAACUUGCAGUGUUCAAAUACUUGGGUAAACAGCUUCCAACGUACGAAGCCGCUUCCACAAGAAAGUAUUUUAAAGGCCGUACCGAAACGGGGCGUUCUGUGAGCAUCGAAUCAGCCAAAUUCGUUCGUGAGUGGGAGAAUCCUGAUAUUGCACUUUCUCAGAAGGUUGAAAACUUACAAGCCUCUAUUAAAGCACACUCCGCAUAUUUGAAAUCUGCAGCAGAUGGCCAUGGAGUCGAUCGUCACUUUUUUGGUUUGAAGAACAUGCUUCGUAAGGGUGAAACCUCUCCGGCGCUUUUCCAAGAUAAGUUAUUCCAGUAUUCCUCUACUUGGUUGAUUUCGACAAGUCAAUUGUCCUCUGAAUACUUUGAGGGGUAUGGCUGGUCUCAAGUUAAUGAUAAUGGGUUCGGUUUGGCGUACAUGCUCAAUAAAGAUUGGCUGCAUAUCAAUAUCGUUAACAAGCCAGAAUUUAGCAUGUUAAGCGUCGAUAAGAUGCAUUACUACCUUACUCAAGCUGCAGAGGAAAUAUACGACGCCUUGAAUGAAGAACAUCAAUUGAAAGCGAAACUGUGA